AUGGCUAGCGACGACGAGUACGAAAUCGAGACCCCAGAGCUGGCUGAGGAUGAUCCCAUGAGGGCGUUUCUGCCCACCUCAUUCGGAAAGAAGUCAAAAGAGGCUGAUAUCGCAGCCCAAAUCGAACGGAGCCGCAGAAAGGUGGACACCACUUCGGCGACAAGUGGCACAGAUGGACAUGGGAAGCAGGCCCAAGAGUCCAAGGAUAAGGAUGGCUCAAGCGAUGACGACGAUAGGGACGAUUCAGAUGAAUCCGACGACGAAGACGAAUUUCCGGUAUCGCAUGAGCUCGUUCUAAAGACCCAAGAACGCGCCGUCACCACGGUGUCUCUAGACCCUGCAGGUGGCAGAUUGGCCUCUGCUUCUCUAGACUGUACCGUCAAGCUCCACGAUUUCGCGUCGAUGACGCCGACAACGCUUCGCGCAUUCCGCAGUGUCGACCCAUUUGUAUCUAAGAGAACCGCUGCCAGUGCCGAGGCCCAUCCAAUUCACCUUGUUGAAUUCAACCCGUUGGCGGGUAGUGCAUUGCUUUGUGUAUGCGCUCACCCACAAGCAAGAAUAAUAUCACGAGAUGGAGAUAUUUUGACAGAGUUUGUCAAGGGCGAUAUGUACCUUCGGGAUAUGCAUAACACCAAAGGACACAUUUCUGAAAUCACCACCGGCACUUGGCAUCCUACAGAUAAGAAUCUCUGUGUCACAGCAGGGACUGAUAGCACCCUGCGAAUAUGGGACAUUAACAAUAAGCGUUCGCAAAAAGAUGUCAUAGUCUUCAAGUCAAAGGCCGCGGGCUCGGCUGGUCGGACUAAGAUGACUGCUGUCGCGUGGAAAGCCUCUGCCCAAGGAAGCAGCGUGCUAAUCGGCGCCGCUCUAGACGGAUCACUGGUCAUGUACGGCGGCAACGGACCAUUUACCCGGCCUGCCGGCGAGAUCAGAGAGGCACACAAGCCCCAGACCUGGACAAGCGGCAUCGACAUUUCCUCUGACGGCCGCAUGGUUGUUACGAGAGGCGGUGACGACCUCAUUAAACUUUGGGACACUCGAAAAUUCGACAAGCCCCUUGUCACGGUGUCGCACUUGUCCACCUCAGACAUUUAUCCCACGAGCAAUAUUCGAUACUCACCAAACUCCACCAGCAUCAUCACCGGCUCGGCCACGGGCCAUCUCCACAUCUUGAACCCUGGCAAUCUACAGCCAGAACAUGUCACUCCGAUAACGCCAGGAUCGGCCUUGAUCGCUGUGGAUUGGCACCCCAAGAUUAACCAGAUUGUCACAGGCUCAGCGAACGCCGAGACGCACGUCUUGUACAACCCGUCCAUGUCCAGCCGCGGCGCUGUAGAGGUCAUGUCGAGAGCUCCCAAGAAACGUCACAUUGAUGACAACCCUGAGUUUACAAUGGACCAGAACGUGGGCAUCUCGGGCGACUCCAUUGUCACCCCCGGCGCCAUGCAGGGCUCACGGAAAGCUGGAGUCACGGGUACUGGCAAGUCCAAGGACCCGCGACGGCCAGAGGUGCCAUUGCAGACGCCGUUUCAAAAGAGCCAGCCAGACGAACGGCACAUUGCGCAGAACAUUCCUCUGGCCAAGAUGCUGCACGAGGAUCCCCGUGAAGCGUUGCUGAAGUAUGCUGACAAGGCCCAGAGCGACCCGAUGUUCACCAAGGCGUGGAAUAAGACGCAGCCGGAGACGCAGUAUGCGGAGCUGAGCGACGACGACGAGGAGGGUCCAGACAGGAAGCGUGCGAAGCGGUAA